AUGGCAUAUGGCAGUGAUCAGGACGCUGGUAUGGGGUAUGGAGUAGCCAGGAUGCUGAUAUGGAGUACGGAGGUGAUCAGAAUGCUGGUAUGGGGUACGGCGGUGAACAGUAUACCAAUACAGGGUUUGGCGGUGAUAGGAACGCUGGUAUGGGGUAUGGCAGUGAUCAGAACAUUGGUAUGGGGUAUGGUGGUGAUCAGGACACUGAUAUGGGGUAUAGGGGUGAUCAGGAUGCUGGUAUGGGGUAUGGCGGUGAUCAGGAUGCUGCUAUAUGGUGUGGGGGUGAUCAGGAUGCUGCUAUGGUGUAUGGCAAUGAUCAGGAUGCUGAUAUGGAGUAUGGCGGUGAUCAGGACACUGGCAUGACCUAUAAGAUGAUCAGGAUGCUGGUAUGGGACAUGGCGGUGAUCAGGAUGCUGGUAUGGGGUAUAGUGGUGAUCAGGAUGCUGGUAUGGGGUGUGGCAGUGAUCAGGAUGCUGGUAUGGGGUAUGGCGGUAAUCAGGACACUGACAUGGUCUAUGGGAUGAUCAGGAUGCUGGUAUGGGACAUGACAGUGAUCAGGAUACUGGUAUGGGGUACAUUGGUGAU